AACCUCAUCAUGUCUUAUCCACUCAAGAUCAUUUUAUUAAUCGCUGUGAUUACAACUUCAUUUGAGUCAACAGACGCAAGGUAUCUGUUAAAACCUGACAAAUUUCUCGACCACAGUAUAAACCACAGAUUUAUAUUGAAAAAACUACUGCCCAAAUAUUACGAUAUGUAUCGUAUUAGAGCCAAUGCUCAAUAUUGUGGUGAUAUGAAUGAUGUAAAUAUAGAAUUGACGAAGAGUUUGGACCAAAGAGAUGGCAGAAGGGCAGGUUUUGAGAAACGAGACAUUUAUGAUGUAGUUGAAACGUCAUCAAAUGACACUAUACCACCAGGCUCUGGACGAGUCCAGGAUCUGCACCAAUCAAAAAGUCAUUUUAAUGACAUCGUUACACCCAUAGAUAAGCCUAAAGGGGAAAGAAGGGAAGUGAACUGGGAUUACAUUUACCGGGACGAUGAGAAAUAAAGCAACGAUGACGAGUAUUAAACUGACCGACCAAUAAAAAAAUGAGGCGCAAAUUUAAGCAGCAUUAAAUUUUCACGAGGCGCAAAAUGCUUCGUAUCUUAUUAGGGAUAUUAUACAAACCUAACUAACAAGUAUUUUAUAACAUAAAAUCUCAAGAUCAAAAGUUUGAGAAUAAAAAGAAGUCAUUUUGUCGUUAAAUGUUAUACUAUAAUAAUAUUAUUGUACCUAAUGGCAGUAUUACUAAUAUUAAUAUUUG